UUUAAGGUAUGAGAUAUUCAUGGACGAAGUAAAGCCAAGUGACCUGAGCUUGAAUUUCUUGAGGGAAUAUAUGGACCUUCCAUUUUCUUAUUUCCACCCUGGUGCUCAAAUCAAAUAUCAAAACUUCAUCCAACGUUGGGGCACACACUAUAUCAAAUCAGCUAAAUUUGGUGGACAACUGGAGAUUAUAAAGACCAUGGUAGCGUCUCAGGUUGCAUCAAAAUCUGAGUUCGCAGAAACAAUGGAAGCGGAAUACAGAGGUUUGUUUGCAAGCGCCGGUGCAAAGUCAAGCACUAAAGGAGGCUCGUCAAGCAAAGCAGAAAGCAAGUUUACCUCGACAUCUGUCAUGGCACAAGGUGGGAGCCAAGAAAUUGCUACCAUUCUUGCUGAUGUGUACUCUCCAACGUUCAAAGGAGAUUUCAAGGAAUGGUUGCAGAGCAUUCCAGCUUACCCAAAGGCCUUCCGUUUCUUGUUGGGAACCAUAACAGAUCUGGUUAACUUUCGUGCAAACGAUCUGUUUCCUGGAGAGGCGGUUGAUUGGGGAUGCGAAGGACACACCAAGGAUAUUGUGGAGGAUACAACAGGGGAGACCGUUAGCCGGUAUUACACGGUAGUAGAUUCGGAUGGAAACCCAAAGAAGUUCUAUUGCCCAUUUCAGGACCGACAAGCGUUGGACGUUGUUCUCAGGAAAAGACGCGCUAGUCUGAAGAGGGCUAUCGAAAUCUACAUGGACGAGGGUCCAAUAUCCAUCUCAGAUAUGCAGAUUCCGGAGUGUACAUCCCGAGACCGUGCUUCUGAGGUUAACGAUGAUUUUCUUGCCAAUACUGCCUUUCCAGCCUGGAAAGAAGUUACGCAGGCAAACACCACCAUUCGAGUUACAUUUGACAUGGAAAACGACCUGGCUCGUGGGAUGGAUGGCGCGGUGAAAAUCCAGAAAAACAUGACCCGAGAAGUUCGCUUCAAACGUGGUCGAUGGUUCACCGCUGAUGAGAACGGCAAGUUCCACAUGUACAGUGGAUAUCGUAAUGGCAAGACUGCGCAACUCAAGAAGCAAAAGCUNUAG